AUGUCGGAGACACCACCUACUAGUAGGCAUCAAGGCGUGUGGCUGCUGGACCCAAAGGAGUUUGAGUACCACGCGUCGCCCGACACGGACACGGCCGUGCUCGACCUCGGCAAGCUCUGCACCUACGACGACCCACAAGAAACGUACACGGAGCGCCACGACGGCGCGCUCCGCGACGGUGGCGCCGUCCCGCUCACAUCGACCGAAGCGUGGGCCGUGCUGAGUCAGUACGCCGGCGUCGGCAUCUUCCUCGGCGUCUUCCCGGCCAUGGCGUACCCCGUGUUUCAAAACUACCUCCGCAUGCAAGGCUACCAAGUGCAGUCGUACCAAGCGCUCAUGCGCCUCAGUUGGUGCGUCAAGAUCUUCCUCGGUCUCCUCUCCGACUGCAUCCCCGUACGCGGGUACCGCCGGCGCCCAUACAUCAUGCUCGGAUGGCUCAUUGCCUCGAUCGCGUGCCUCAUCAUGGUCUUUCUGCCAUUUCCCGACCCGUACUAUGGCAAGGCGUCGCUCGUCAACAAGCCGGUCGCCAACAUUUCGGUCGACGACCAGCGCUUGUACAUGAACCUCUCGGCGCCGAACAGCGCUGGCAUUUUUGUCAUGCUGUCGGCGAUUGCCACCUUUGGCUCGGUCAUGGUCGUCUGCGCCUCCGAUGGGCUCACGGUCGAGUACGCCCAGCGCGAGCCAGCUGCGACGCGUGGUCGAUUCCAGACCAUGAUUUACGUGGUCCGCGACUCGACCAAGAUUCUGCCGCAGAUCGGCGUUGGCCUCUGCAUGAACAGCUUUCAAUACGCCGGUCAUUACGAUUGGAGCAUCACGCCAAACGUCGUGUAUGGCGCGCUCCUCGUGCCGUGUGGUAUUUGCUUGACGACAUCGGCGUUCUGGAUGGUCGAGCAAAAGGUGCGGCCGUUUACCUUCGCGAGCUACUUUCACUCGCUGUGGCAGCUCAUCCAGCUCCGCGUCGUGUGGCAGCUGUGCAUGUACCUGCUUCUGAGUCAAAUCUUUCUCUUCUUUGAAGAGACCGUGACGACACCGAUCCAGACGCUGUGGCUGCAGCUCGACCCGGUGUUUGAGGUCGUGUGGGGACCUGUCGGCAUUCUCGGCGGCUGCCUCUACUCGGGCGUCAUGUACUUCCGUGGCAAGUGGACCCUUGAAUGGGACUGGCGCCGGACCAUUAUCUGCAGCACAAUCGCGCUCGUCUCGAUUGACGCGAUCUUCAAGCUCACGUCGGUCUGGGCGGUCAUCCGCAACCCCUACUACUUUGUCAUUGGCAAGUCGCUGCUCCAGAUUCCGCGCGCCAUCGUCUUUCUCUCAGGCGCGUACCCUUUGGUCGAGAUUGCCGACAUGGGCAACGAAGGCGCUGUGUAUGCACUGGCGGGUACGUGCGGCAACCUCGGUGUCCCGUUUGGCACGGUCCUCUACAAGACGGUCGAUUCGUUCUUCCGCGUCUCGAUCAAUGACAUCCAAGUCGACGACACCUUUGUGCGCUGGGAAGUCUCGUACUGCUACCUCAUUUCGUUCGGUGCCAAGCUCUUUUCGCUGGCGUUUCUGGGCCUCUUUCCGCGCCAGAAAGCCCACGUGCACCUCCUCAAGCGUCGCGGUGAGUCGAGCAAAGUCGCGGGCGCCGUCAUGGUCGUGAGCUUCGUGCUCCUCCUCAUUUACUCGAUUGUCACCAACAUCCUCCCGUUCUAUAAAGCCACGUCGUGCCUUCGCAUCGCCGGCGGCCGUGGCUGCUAA